UAUCGAAGUCGGGUCUCUUCCAAAAAGACCCGAAUUCCUCAUUUACUCUCUCUCUCUCUCUCUAAAACCCUAACAAAGCCUCCCUCUCUGUUUUUCUCUCUUUGAUAAUCGAAUUUCAGGGUGAUUGCUGCUGAACCUUCAAGAUGGUGCAGUAUAAUUUUAAGAACAUUACUGUGGUUCCAAAUGGGAAGGACUUCAUCGACAUAAUUCUGUCCCGUACCCAACGGCAAACACCGACAGUUGUCCACAAAGGCUAUGCUAUCUCUCGCCUCCGCCAAUUUUAUAUGCGUAAAGUGAAGUAUACCCAGACAAACUAUUAUGACAAGCUCUCUACCAUCAUCGACGAGUUUCCUCGGCUUGAUGAUAUCCAUCCUUUUUAUGGAGAUCUUCUUCAUGUGCUCUACAACAAAGAUCACUACAAGCUUGCCCUUGGCCAAAUCAAUACUGCAAGGAAUUUGAUUAGUAAGAUUGCUAAAGAUUAUGUCAGGUUGUUGAAGUAUGGUGAUUCAUUGUACCGAUGCAAGUGUCUGAAGGUUGCUGCUCUUGGUCGCAUGUGCACUGUCAUAAAAAGGGUUGCUCCUAGUUUGGCUUACUUAGAACAGAUCAGACAGCACAUGGCUAGGCUACCUUCAAUUGACCCAAAUACUCGGACAAUCUUGAUUUGCGGGUAUCCCAAUGUGGGCAAGAGUUCCUUCAUUAACAAGAUCACUAGAGCUGAUGUGGAUGUCCAGCCCUAUGCUUUCACCACAAAGUCGCUCUUUGUCGGUCAUACAGACUAUAAAUACCUAAGGUAUCAAGUCAUCGAUACACCUGGUAUUUUGGACCGGCCUUUUGAGGAUCGCAAUAUUAUUGAGAUGUGCAGUAUCACAGCUUUGGCACAUCUUCGAGCUGCAGUGUUGUUCUUCUUAGACAUCUCAGGGUCUUGUGGAUAUACCAUUGCACAACAGGCUGCACUUUUUCACAGCAUUAAGUCUCUGUUUAUGAACAAACCUUUGACUAUUGUAUGCAACAAGACUGAUUUGCAACCACUUGAAGGGAUAUCAGAGGAAGAUAAGAAGUUGGUCAUGGAGAUGAAAGCUGAAGCUAUGAAAACAGUGAUUGGUCAAGGAGGUGAGCCUACUGAUGACCAAGGGGUGCUGCUGACCAUGAGUACUUUGACUGAGGAUGGGGUAAUUGCUGUGAAAAAUGCAGCUUGUGAGAGGUUAUUGGAUCAGAGGGUUGAAAUAAAGAUGAAAUCCAAAAAGAUAAAUGAUUGCUUAAAUCGUUUUCAUGUUGCGAUACCAAAGCCACGGGACCAGAAGGAAAGGCCACCUUGUAUACCUCAGGCAGUUUUGGAAGCUAAAGCGAAGCAAGCAGCAGAGAAGGAAAAGAGGAAAACUGAAAAGGAUUUGGAGAAUGAGAAUGGUGGUGCAGGUGUAUACUCUGCUAGUUUGAAGAAGAAUUAUAUCUUAGCUAAUGAUGAAUGGAAAGAAGAUGUAUUGCCAGAAAUUCUUGAUGGGCACAAUGUGUAUGACUUCAUUGAUCCUGAUAUUUUACAAAGGCUUGAGGAGUUGGAACAAGAAGAAGGGCUAAGGCAGGCAGAGGAAGUUGAUGAUGAUUUUGAGAUGGAUGGCAAGGAAUUGACUCCAGAAGAGCAACAAGCAUUGGCUGAGAUUAGGAAAAAGAAAAGCUUACUCAUUCAACAGCACAGGAUCAAGAAAAGCACUGCAGAGAGCCGGCCUAUUGUACCAAGAAAAUUUGACAAGGACAAGCAGUUCACAACCAGGAGAAUGGGAAGGCAGCUAUCUGCUUUGGGGCUGGAUCCAUCUAAGGCCAUUGACCGAGCCCGUAGUAGGUCGAGGGGUCGGAAGAGGGAGAGGUCACCUGAUAAUGAAUGUGGUGAUGCUAUGGAUAUUGACGUGGACACACCUAACAAGAAGCUGCGAAUGAGGUCUAGAUCCCAAUCAAGGUCAGUCUCACGGCCACCGGGUGAAGUUGUCCCUGGAGAGGGCUUCAAGGACUCUGCUCAAAAGGUUAAGGCACAAAAGCUUGCAAAGAAAUCUUCCAAGAAGAGGAACAAGGAUGCACGUCGUGGUGAGGCAGAUAGGGUAAUACCUACUUUGAAACCAAAGCAUUUGUUCUCUGGGAAGCGGUCUACCGGAAAAACUGAUAGACGUUGAUUUACUAGAGCUGUGUAGGCUUGUAAAGAUAAUUAGCAAGGUGGCUGGGUUGUUGUAUCCUGGGGGCGGCAUGCACAAUAUUAGUCUACUACACCGGUAAUCCUGUAGACGUGUGCAUCGUCUCAAGACAAUGACACGGUCCACACCUCAACCUUGCCAUCUAAAAACAUUUAUGAAUUGACGGUAAUUUGCUUCUGAUGCUAUGAGAUUAAUUUAAAGCAUCAUCAAGGAACAACAGAAUGUUCAUGGUUUCGCUGCGUGCCUGUGCUCUGAGGCUUCAGGUGCUUUUUUUUUUCCUUCUCCCCUGCAUGCUUUUGGAACAGAUGUAUCUGUUUUAAGAUUUUCAGAUUAUACGGAUGCUGGUAAAUAGGAGGAUGCCAAAGCUGUCAGCAGCAAUGAUUGGGUUCUUGAUUGAACAUGUGUUGAUGAUGGGCAUGUUGGUUCAUGGUUCGUGGAGACAGCAUUCCUUGGUUUUACUUGCAGUCAAGAAAGAAUUUUGUUCCAUCAAUACUUUGGUUUGGCUGUAGGUUGCACACUUCUUGACCAUGGCAGCAUAUCAGCAGAUUUUUGUUAUCUUCUUUCUUUUAGCAUAAUGUUGAGGCAAUUUUGAGUUUGAGAAACGCUUUAAAUUAUAAAUUUUCCUAGCAUAAUGUGUAUGAGUUCACAGAUGAAUUUGGCUUAAUUGCUGUUUGUUAGAUACUCCAAGAGCCAAUUCAAAUUAUGUUUUCAUCUAUUACCGUUUUGAAACAAUUCUCUGAUUCAGUCAAAUUCUUUGCUUGGUUGUU